ACAGAUUGUGAUAAGAAUUUAGUUUUCCAAAUGCAAUGACUAAACUUAUGUGUUUUCAGUGAAGCAUGUGAUUGAAGCAAAGUUUAUGUGACUUUACAAUGAAGGAUAACAUUGUUUUGUUAAAAUGAAAUUGUUAAUAAAUUGUAUAAUUUUAUAUUUUGGGAUUACUAAAGCCGAACCUUUAAGAAAAGAAGUCCAUAACUUACCGCAAAAUGUAACUUUUAAAAACACAAGAAGAAUAGUAGGCGGGCGCGAAGUGGGUGAAACGAGGCCUUACAUGGUGUACCUACGCCCAGCUUCCAGCGCGGACCCUCACAUAACAGACACCAACUGGUUAUGCGGAGGGGUCAUCAUCCACGAGCGGUAUGUGCUCACCUCCGCCGCCUGCAUAGAAGACGCCAAGCAGUUCUACGUGGUCUCCGGAACUCACAGGUGGAUUCCUCCAUCAGAUACGGAUGACGAGUGCAUCAAAUACGGAGCUAAGAAAGCGAUAUGGAAAUGUGUGCCAAAGACAUACGUUUUCGACGGCAACGAGUUCGACAACAUUCGAUGGAUGGUCAAAGACAUAGCGGUGGUGAAGGUGGAAGACGACUUCAACUUCAAGCGACGCAUCCGCGGCUGCGACUUCAUUCCGAAGAAAGUGGCUUUUAAUAAUAUCAGUGAGGAGUUCGAGAAGGCAGGAACAGUUGGUUCUAUCGCUGGGUGGGGGUCAACGGACACUUUUGGUGAUGUAAUCACAAGAACCACGACCAACUCGCCGACGCUUCUAGAAACAGACGUGGUGUUGAUAUCGAAGAAGAACUGCAAGAAACGCUGGGAGCCGCGAUACCACCACAUCAUUGAGGAUGACAUGAUAUGCGCGAAGGAUUCACUGGACACUGACACUAUGAGCGAAUUGUGCAGUGAACAAGAGGUGAACUGCAAAGAGCUAGUCUACUCUGACGAAGCCGAAGAAGAGACCCGCAAGUUUGCAGACCCCCGCUCGAUGCAGGUGCAUACGGCUGCUCACGUCAACGACACAAGACGGACUAAGGUCGUCGUUGGAGGAUUUUGUGAGAACGACCACGGCGGCCCCCUCGUGGUAGGCCAAGGCAAGAGCACCGUAGUCGUAGGCAUCAUAUCGGCCUGCCUCACCAAGGACCUCAGCCACAAGUGCUACGGGCCCUUCCUGUAUACCAGCGUGUGGAAGAACCGGCACCUGAUCAACUGCGCCAUUGAUAAGGAGAUGGGAGCCACAUGCAGAAGACUUCUGAGGUCCACCAAGACGCAGAUAAUUGAAACAGUGUUAAAUUGGCCACGACAAUCUGAAGGUGUAUCGCCAUUCAACGAGAUGAAGCCAGCGAAUAAUAGCCUGCGCAACGCUCCAAAGGCGUCAAAUGGUAGCCCUCGCAACCUUCCAAAGCCAACCAAUGUAACUGGAAACGCUAAAAGCCAAGUAGUCAGACUGCGUGACCAUUCAUAAACUUUUUAAUAAACCUUUAAAAUGUA